UUGAAGAAAGAUGACAGUAGCUUCGACGAGAUAUGCGUCGCAAAGAUGUCUACACGGAACUCUCAGGUCGUGGAUUCAGUUAUCAAACCCCUGGACACCAUUCCCGAGGACAAGAAAGUCAGAGUUCAAAGAACGCAGAGCAGUUUCGAUCCAUUUGAGAAACCAGUGAGUCAAGUAAAGAGAGUCCAUUCUGAGAACAAUGCGUGCAUUAACUUCAAGAGCUCAUCGGCUGGCAAAGAGUCCCCAAAAUUGAGGCGACAUUCCAGCCCUAGUUCACCAACAAGCCCCAAAUUUGGGAAGGCUGACUCCUAUGAAAAAUUGGAAAAGCUUGGAGAAGGAUCCUAUGCCACGGUAUAUAAAGGAAAGAGCAAGGUGAAUGGGAAGUUGGUAGCCCUGAAGGUUAUCAGAUUACAAGAAGAGGAAGGAACUCCAUUCACAGCCAUCAGGGAAGCUUCCUUGUUGAAAGGCCUAAAACACACCAACAUUGUGCUGCUCCAUGACAUCAUUCACACCAAGGAAACCUUGACACUUGUCUUUGAAUAUGUGCAUACUGAUUUAUGUCAGUACAUGGAUAAACACCCAGGAGGACUCCACCCAGAAAAUGUGAAGAUAUUUUUGUUCCAGCUGCUUCGAGGGCUCUCCUAUAUACAUCAGCAAUAUAUUCUUCACCGUGACCUGAAACCUCAGAAUCUACUUAUCGGUGAUACUGGGGAGCUGAAACUGGCAGACUUCGGUCUUGCCCGAGCCAAGUCAGUGCCCAGCCACACAUAUUCCAAUGAAGUAGUUACCCUGUGGUACAGACCUCCAGAUGUCCUCCUCGGGUCCACAGAGUAUUCCACCUGCCUCGACAUGUGGGGUGUGGGUUGCAUCUUUGUCGAAAUGAUCCAAGGAGUUGCUGCUUUUCCCGGAAUGAAGGACAUUCAGGAUCAACUGGAACGGAUAUUUUUGGUGCUGGGCACUCCAACAGAGGAAUCCUGGUCCGGAGUUGAGUCUCUACCACAUUUCAAGCCAGAUCGCUUCACCCAGUACAGUCCCAAAAAGCUUAGGCAAGCUUGGAAUAAGCUAGGGUAUGUGGCCCAUGCUGAAGAUGUUGCUUCAAAACUUCUACAGUGCUUCCCAAAAAACAGACUGUCAGCUCAAGCUGCACUGAACCAUGAGUACUUUAGCGACCUUCCUCCACGACUUUGGGAGCUCUCUGACGUAUCUUCUAUUUUCACUGUGCCCAGUGUAAAGCUGCAGACUGAGAUAGAUGACAGCAUGAGACUUUAUGGGAAAAGCAACAGCCACGGCAAAGGUUUUUCCAACCACAAACACUGAAGAAAUCUUGCCCUUGCUACCAGUGUACAGGUAA